AUGGCUCGAAAACUGCUUAACUGGUGGUCGAAACCAAAACACGAGACAAAAUACUCUCUUCUUUCCUCCUCCUCCUCCUUCUCCUCCUCCUCCUCCUCCUCCUCCUCCUCCUCCUCCUCCUCCUACCCACCACCCCUAUGUCGCAAGAGCGAGUCCGCCCAAUCUGGCGGACUGGAAUGUUUGUUCCCAGGAGCAACCGGGAACUGGCUAGCUACAAGGUGGAACUCGACAAUAAAAGCGAAGAGACGAGUUCCGGGAAGCCGUCUUGAGGAAGGAGACACGAUCGCUGGAACAAGAGCUUUAUUAGCCCGACGUUUCGGAUUUCUGCUCGAACCCAUCAUCAUAAACAACAGCAGAUACUGGUGAUUCACGCACAAGGGGCUGCUGUAUUUAUAAGAUGCAGUCGUCAUGCUACGGCAGGUCUGUAAAAGUUCACGGGUUCCCCCUUCAUCCGGGAUCGCUGCGCUUGGUGUGCUAAUUGUUUGAUGGCCGAAAUUCACGUCAUUAAAUUGCUGCAAUUUCAUCACAUGUGUUGAAUGUAGGUGUGAUAAUGGCUCGACCACGUUAUAAACCGACCCUGGCGUUGGGAACAGCGUUUACCUGUGCGCUCCCCGCGUGGCUAAUUACUUCGCCUAGACGAAGUCUGAGCAUCGACUGCGGAAGGGGAAGGUCAUUACACCUGCUACUGGACUGGGGGCCAGUGAACCAUGACUCGAGAUAGGCCAAACUGCACGGAACCCAAAUUUUGGCCAGUCCAAGCUUCGAGUUUAACUUUGUAGGCGGUAAUGCGUGUGGGUUUGUAGAUGGUCAGAUGGUGUAUCACUUGGAUGUACCACCACGGUCUGGUUGGGAGAAAAAGAGGGUGCGAUGGUUGUCGUGCAAGUCGACUAUCAUUAUAAAUGGAAUUAUGCGCAUGUUUCCGUACCUGCUCUCACCCUGCUGUGAGGCAAACGCAGAUCAACCCCAUCAACUGGGAAGGCCUCGUCCGAGACUGUCUGUUCUGGCGGAGGACAAUAAGGACGGACACGAGGAAAUACCACAUCGCGCCCAACACUCAAACAGCCCCGACCUGCCCACGCUGCCAGCUGACGUUCCGGGCACCAGUCGGGCUUGUAGGACAUCUUCGUACCAACUGUAGAACCUAGACUACACCCACUGCUGUCACAUCGUCCAACUCUGCCUCGUCCCUAACUCAUCACGCAUCCUGUCGCCCAGUGCGUCCACCAUCGGCAGCUCCACCACGGCCAAGCAACAUUGGCACCGACGACUUUUCUGUUCAUACUGUCCCCGUACAUUCAUCUUAGUCACAUCGGCCUGGUCGGCCAAUUGCGAAUCUGUCGCACAGAAACUCGCGAACUUGUGUCCGGGCCACCCACAUGCACUCGCCGCAUCGGCCUCAACUGCCCUCAAUGCACCCUCAAAUUCACUCGCCGCAGAAGCCUAUUAGGUCACAUGUGGAUUCACGAAAACCUGCGGUAGACAACCACCGGCUAAAGCACACCACCACAUCUUCCUCCACCUACAUCACGCAAAAGCAUCCUCCAUCACAUGCAUCCAACUGCCACCUCCCACGCAAGUGCGGAGUAUGCGUCUCGGCUUCGUCUCCAUGCUGCUUCUUUGCUGCAUGUGUGAUACAAGUUUGAGUCUAUCGCGGUGCGCCGAUCGCCAUGGCUUGGGAGGCUGCUGACUGAUUUUCGAUGGCCUUAAAGAUUCAAUUAUAUUUCAUGGAAACCAUGCAUAAAAAUAUGCAUUCUUUUGCUCAAUCAGUAGACAAUCACGUCUUCUGUCUUUCAAUUUUACAAUCGAAUUAAGAAUAUAAUUCGGUUUUAUAGAACUUUUCCAAUUCCGGAAUAAUUUUGAUCCGCACCUGCCGUUACUCUUGCAUUCAGGGUUCUAAAACUACAAGCCGUAUAAUUUCCGCGUAGGGAAAACCAUUCAAUUAUCUACGGUGUUACGAGAAGACCAUAUGGGUUUCAUAAAGUUAAACAGCGGAGUAGACUCACAUUGUUAACUUUACAACCUACGUUGGUAAAUGCAGACACAGGACGUUUUAUGAAGGGCCAUUUCAUGGUAUUAAAAAAUCUCACAAUUUAGAACUUCUUUAAAACCGAAUUAUACCCUUCUUUCGAGUGUAAAAUUGAAAGAAGACGUAAGUGUCUACUGAAUGAGCAAAAGAAUAAAUAUUUUAUGCGUGCUUCACAUGAAAUAAAAUUAAUAUGUCAAGGGCAUUGAAAAUCGACGAGAAAAUGCAUGCUACAUAAGUAGUCAUUCUUUACGUAGUAUGGAUUUUAGAUGCAGCCGGAAAGAAGUGUGUUCGAAAGCCUCGACUGCAUCGUAUAAAUACUGCAGCCUCCUGUGCACGAGUCACCCUUUUCUGCCACUGUCUCUGAUGAUGGACUCAAGUGAGAAUCCGAAACGUCAGGCGAAUAAAGCCCUUGUUGCAGCGAUCGCUUCUUCUUCUGAUCAAGUAGUUCCUGGAACUCGCAAUUUCGCUUGUAUCGGCAAUACUCCCAUAGUAUUUCAGACUCGUUUGGGUGUCGGCUUUUGAGUACACUUCAUUUCGACUGAGUAUAAAAUGACUGCUUAUGUAGCAUGUAUUUUUCACAUUGAUUUUUGAUGUUCUUAUGAAUUCAAAUAGUCGUUUGUGGUAAACACACAUAAAAGUAUGCCUUCUUUUGCGCGUUUGGCAGAAAAUAACGCUGUCUUUACCUUGUAUGUCCAAAGGAAGCGUAUAUUUGGGUUCUGAAAAAGUUUCUUAAUUCCUCAAUAAUAUUAGUCCAGAUCAAUGGCUACAUUAUCAUUUAGCGAUUUCAUUCUACAAGAUGAAUGCAUUCCGCACAAAACAAUCAUAUACAUCUUUAUGCCUUUAAGAAGAUACCGUGUUGAGUUCAUAAAAUUUUAUUAUUAAUGUAGACUAUGCUGUGCAUUUCACGCGGAACAUUGGUGAACGGAGAUGUGUGACACGGUAUGUAUGGACAUCGCACGGUCUUAAAAAUCUCAUAACAAGAAACUUGUUCAGCCCUAAAUACACGUUUUCUUUGCGCACACAAUGCAAAGACAAGGUUAUUUUCAACCAAAAAAGUAAGCGAAAGCAUAUUUUUGUGCGUGUAUUCCACAAACAAACUACUUGAAUUUAUAAGAUCAUCAAAAAUCAAUGUGGAAAAUACAUGCUACUUAAGCAGUAAUUUUUACUGAGUGUGGUUGUUAUAGUAGGUCGAAAUUAAGUGAAUUCAAAGGCCGACAUCCCAGCGAAUCCGAAAUACGAUGGGAGUUUGUUGCUUGAUAGGCAACAUUACAACCCCACCCAAGUAAUCCUUCCUAAUCGAAAACGCAUUUCAAAAAUUUCGGCCAUUUCAUCAGAUCCGUAGGCAGGCAGGCAGGCGAGGGAACUCUCGGCGCCGGAAGAACGGCGUCUGCCCAACGUGAGGCAGCGGGGCAGCCGUGCAGCGCCUUCAGUGAGGCCAUGUCUGAGGGGGCCUCGAUGAUGAUUGGUCAGUUUGGACAGCGGAGAACCAGGCUGCAACUGUUACGCACGCACAGGUAGUCGCUAGCGCCUCAACGUUGCAACACGCCUCUGCAGUUGGACCGCUACGGACGCUAUGUCAAAUACUGCCGCCAGGUCCUGUACAUUAAAACCGCGUCUAGAAUGUGGAACAACCUGGGCAGUCCGCCUUCCAGCGCAAACUUGAUUGGCAGAUGCGUCUGAUUCGCAGCAUCCAAUAAAACUGAAACAUCGGCUUGUUAAUGAGUAAUCUGGGAUAUAUCAUCCAUGUAGAGCCCAACUUCCAGCUCGCUUCUGAGGCCCAUCACUAUAAUCCGAGAGAACGUCAGUUUUAGAGCAUGAAUUAGAACUCCCCAGUAUGAUCAGCAGAACACCAGAUACAGAGCUCACGUACGUCGAAUACAGAAAGACUGAUUGGUAGUUUUAUCACGAAGACUUGAACCGGAGAGGGCCGAGAGAGACUGAACAAGAAAAGGGAAUUGCGAACAGCAGAGCACUUUAACAACGGAGUAAACUGAGACGAUCCUCAGCAUGGUUUGGUUAAGUACAUCCAUUCUUUUUGAAUGAGCAUGUAGGAUUUUAAUUAGAAGAUUUCCUUAACAGAACGAGAUUUUUUUUGUAGCAGACUGUGGGGUAGCGGUAGGGUGUAGGACCUCACGUAGUUGGCCAAUCCAGCAGUUGCUCUAAAAAUCCGUGUGACUGCUAACAUCACUCGCGAUUCACCGUUCCUUAUGAUUGAAAUCUAUUGGGCUUCCUGAUUGAAUGUAAACUCUCCGGAGCCGGUUUAAUAAAAAUCCGCCAUUUUCGAAAAUUGUUUCAUAUCUUUCUUAAAAUUAUCGCGCUCCGGAGUUGGACCGCUACAGAGGCUAUAUCAAAUACUUGACUGACAGAUGUGCCUGAUUCCCGGCAUUCAAUAUGACUGAAACAUCGGCUUGUUCUGUGUAAUUUGCAUUGUUGCACGGUGAAACCAAGCAAAAGUUUGACACUUUAAGUUGUUUCUCUCACUUUGAUAAACAAUACUGUUUUUCUACUGUAAACGUAAGAACACACCUUCCUCUAUAUAUUGAGGUCAUUUCCACUAUUUUUACUCGCUUUUGGACUGUUCUACGAUUAUGAAUGCAUGCCAGAAUGCCCAUAUAAAUACUGAUAUUUUGCUGAAACCAACAACAAGUAGUGUUUCAUGUGUUCAAAACUGGAAAUGAGCAUUCGUUGGUGGUCAUUUAUGUGACGUCAAGUAGAAUUUUCCAAAGACAAAGAAAUUUCAGCCCAUUUAAACGAAGGAAUCCCUGUCUGCGUUAUUACUGUACUUUAUGGCACCAAAUCGCACAGAUCAGCUAAUUUGACAUUUGAGAAUCGAAAAAACCUCUGGUUUUGUUAAAAUAACCUCUGUGUUAGCAGAUUGAUCACCAUGGUUAACAUAGGACAUAAAAUGAAUUUCCAAGUUCGGCUAGAUCUGUUUAUUAAAACUCUUGUGUGCAAAUUACUAUCAUUUCAAUGAAAAAGUCGCUUUGAUGCGUAACCGGGAUCUAGGACAUGUAUUAGCAUAGGUAAUUGCACAAAUAUAUUCCAACGUCCAUUUUCGCUAAAGCUUAUUGAUAUUUUACUUGAUAUAAUUACGCAAACACAAUGUCUGCACAAGAAAAUGACAUUUCAUUGAAGGAUGUGGAUGAGCUAACAAAAUGCGCUACUUUAAAGGCGUCUAGAAAUUCAUUCAUCAGUUCCAGUUAUCAGAUUUCAUGAGACAGGUCACGUAGUGUACAUCCAUUCUUUUGGAAUGAGUAUGUAAGAUUUUGGUUAGAAGACUUCCUUAACAGAAUGAGUUUUUUAUAGAAGACUUUGGGGUAAUGGUAGGGUGUCGGACCCCAAGCAGUUGGCAAAUCCAACAGUUGCUCUAACAGUCCGUGUGACUGCAGACAUCACUCGCGAUUCACCGUUCCUGCUGAUUGACAUCUCUUGGGCUUCCUGAUUGAAUGUAAACUCGCCAGAGCCGGUUUAAUCAAAAUCCGUCAUUUUCGAAAUUAGCACUUUUGCCUUUUUUUAAAUUAUCGUGCUCACUUUCUUUGUCAUAUGACAGCUAGCAAUAACACUUUCGGCAAUUUAUUUGCGACUGCGGAAAAGAAAGAUGCACUCAUAAGAUUGCCUUUUGCAGGUGACGCAGAGAGCAAACUAGUCAGACGGCACUUUACUGCAGUAAUCACAAGGGCAUUCCCCCCGGCAAAUUUACGCGUAUGCUUCACAAUCUCUCCCCUCCUACGUUUGGGGGGCAAGGACAGACUACCGUUGGAGGCCACAUGAAUGUGCAUUUAUUCAUUCAUUUGCUCCUGUGGAGCGGGAUACAUCGGCCGCACAACGAGGCGCCUGGUAAAGAAGGUGCGUGAACAUAUGCCCGCCUGGCUAGACAGAGGUGAGACCCGGUCGAGUUCGAGUUCUAUUGUCGCACUGUCAAUCGAUAGGAAUUACCGAGUCGAUGGCAAGGAAGCAUUUCCGGUUGUCUACCGGACACAAACAUGCUUCUCUAAAGGCCUCCGCCAAUGAAUACUAGGAAAACCGAGGCAGUGGCCAUACGGCCAGCGAAUCCGAUGUUAUGCUGUCAGAAAACCCUGACACAAGCGCUGUAUCUGCCAUGGCCAACGCCAAACCUAAGUGAUGACGCCAUGCAGCCUCAAACCCCUAAUCACGAUGAUGGGUACUCCGUGUACUCAGUCGAAGAACAUUACUCAAAGACUAUCUUACCCCCCUCCCCUAGCUCUGACGACUAACACAGCCGACCUUAUCAUGCGGGCGGCGUGAGGAUAAUGAGUUUUAAUGUCUUAAUAGCCCUUGAUACAUCUAUAAAGACUGUUGAUUUUGCACAUUUUCAUUCCUUCCUGUAAUUGUAAUGGCCUGAGGAAGAAUUACCGAAAAAACGUGUUUGCCAACUUGACUUUUGAAAAGAGAAAUUCGUGAUAAUUGUGCGAAAUUUACUUUCUGCGUCUUCUUGCGUUCUGCCCUGCAUGUUACUCCACUAAUAAAACCCCCUCUACUAUCAUUCAACGUACGACACGAUCCAAAGGCUACCUCAAGUUAGUUGGGGUCCUACACCUUACUGUUGCCAAAUGUGUAACUGGAAACCCCCUCCUGAUCAUGACUCAUACGCCGUAGGGCAGAUCUUGAUCCACGAACUCUAACUUGGUCUCGAGUGCUUGGCUUUCUGGGGGGCACAGGGCAGUAACUGCCGGUUGUGCGAGUGAAAGGUGCUUGUUUGCUAGUAUUUAUUCCGGAUGUAGUUUUCGCAAUGUAUACGGCCUACUUAAACGACUAUAGUAGGUUUUAUUUGUGUGUCGUAGAUACGUGUGUGUCGGGUUUUCUUUCAUCAACUGUUUCAGCAGGAACUGCCGUAUCCCCUAGGCCGUUUGCUUCUUGAUGACUAGAAACACCCUUAGUAAAACAGCCUGUGGAGACACCUCCCGUCAUAAUACAAUGCAGACUGUCUCUAAAGUUCAAUAGGAGUGCAGCGGGCCAGACGCAGACAGCGGUUUCACGGCCGCUACCUAUCUUCCGUACGUCAUGGGCCUUAUGAAGUGAAAUAUACAAACAUCGGAAGGAGGCAUGUAACCCUCCCCUUUGUGGUUAGGAUUUCAGUUUAUCUCAUUCUUUCUCUAAAGUGCUUAGACAACUAUCUACUGCGGUUGUCUCUCUCCUGCGCGCACAAUAAAUUUGUCGCUUUGAUCACAGUCAGACUGAAAAGUAGCCUCUUCUCAGAAGUCGCGCGCAGGAGCCAUUGAUUAGUCGUUCAGCCCGCGAACGUGGAGCAGUUGACCUUGAAGGUGGGCACUUAUUACGAUCCCCUGACCUCCAAUAUGACUUUGACUUCAUCCAACAUUUAAGCCAUAAGAGUCCCGUUUUUCGGUCCUGUAGAAUUCAUAUUUCAAUAAGUUCACAUAAUCGAAUUGCCUCUAUUUGUUAAAGAAUUCAAAUGACUGUUAAGCAAGUGUCAUAGUUCAAAAUUAAUCCUGAUUCGGUGUCGUUCUGCCAAUCAGAGCACGCGGACCACGGUCCUCUGGCUGUCCUAUAACCGCUGUCGGGUUGCGACUCAUUGGACAGCGGUCACGUAGGGAGAAUUAGGGGAGAUGCUUUUAGGGUGAAUCUCUUCCUUACACUGCAUCAAUUUGCAACAGUAUAGAGAAAGACCCCACGUAAUUGUCAGUUGACUGUGGAUAGCGUCAUAUGGGGUUUUAUCUCGGCAUGCAUUUGCAGGCUGUUGCAGAAAUUACACUGUCAACAACAAUUACUUCUCACGACCUCGAACCUUAACCUAAAAUCUGUUAUUUUGUGAAAUUUACUUUUCGUUUAUUGUUUCACUACUACUCUCAUUUCCGUUGUCAUUAAAAUGCUUAGGAUAAGACUUUCGGCAUAUAUUCAGGCGAUCUUUAUAUCUCCUUUCAUUUUGUCAGCUUAUUGUCUAGCGUGCUGUCCCACCCAUAACACUCCCUUUACCAUAAAUCACGUAAUGCACGAUCCGCACUCCACUGACAGUUAAGUGGAGUCCUUCUCUAUACUGUUGCCCAUCAAUUUAGGAUUCCAGGAUUGCUCAGAGCAACGGUAAAUGAAGCCUUGUUAGUUGGCGGAUAACGUUUUCCGCGGUAUUCCGCCACUUUGUCUUCUAACCGUUGUAUGGCCAACCUACUUUUUAUAUUAAAGACCGGCCCACCUAAAGGACCGACGGUUGUGUACGUGAUAAACCCAUUAUUUGGGCGCGGUGAGUGGGCUAUUCAGGAAACCAAGAUAACAGUAUCCCAACAGUUGCAAAUUAGUAAAUAAGAACGAAGUCGCCAGCAGGUAAAAAUGCACGUGCUUGUUCUGUGUCUCAUUCAAAGUUGUUUCAAGUUCUUUGAAAAUGCGUAUUUUAACUGAUUAAAACAAAACGGACAUAAAUGUUACUACAGUGGCGUAUUUCAUGGCUACCUCUGUGUGGGUGUCAUGCAGAGGGCCUGUUUGUUAUGUAGACCUAUUCACUAACCGGCAAUUCGUGCGAUCGUUAUCAUAAAAACCGUCAGGGGGCGCUCUACGUUCCUCUCCCCUUGCUCCCAGUCUUUAACUUAUGGCUCGGUUUUUGAAACUGUGGGAACUCCAUCGAAGUCGGACGUUAGUGUGAAUCUUACGUACGCCUACAGCUAACAGUUAGUGAGUCUCCGCUAAUGCUAUUCUGAGGUUAUAAUCCAACGCGAGGAGACAGCGGUGCGUGUAGUCCGGGUUCUGCAGUUGAUACGAAGAUGCCCUACAGUCGGUAAUGCGUGUGGCUUUGUAGAUCGCUCAGUCCUAACUAACUGCACUCCGCCAGUCCCGGGGCGAGGUCUUUUUAAUUAGUGGGGUUGAAUUGCAGACGCUUAAGGGAAGUCUUCAGCGUGUGAGACCAAAAGACCCACUGCCCCGUGAAGAAACAUCUGCUGUCAUUUAGCGGAUCUCGUGCAGUUGCGGACAAAGCAACUACGUCAGAGAAACUGGAAGACUGCUCCGGACGCGAAUUGCAGAGCACGCAGCAGCAGUGAGGCGGGGAGACGCUAACUGUCAGGUGGCGGCACACUCGACGGGACCCGGCCAUAUUUACAAAUUUCAAGAUGCCGAAAUCCUCGCAUGGUGUGACAACCGCGUGAGCCGCGAGCUGCUCGAGUCAUGGUUCUCAGGCCCGCAAUCUAUCAACAAGCACAAUGACCUCCCGGUGGCCUAUUCCGUAUUGCGAUUUUCCCUGGGCAGGAGAAUCAGUCACGUGGGGAGGGCGCGGACGAACAAUUAUGACAGUGACAGUCAGCCAGUUUGCCGAUCUGAACUGCUACCUGGAACUCGCCUGUUCGCUUCUAUCAUCAAUUGGCCUCCUUGUCGGCGGGAGCCCGUGCGACAUCUCCAUAGAUGAGUCGUUUUGGUAGCUGCUCAUUGUCCAUCCGCAUAAGGUGGCCGUUCCAACGCAGUUGCAGAUGUUUCAGCAUGGCAGAGAUGCUGAGGAUUUCCGUCCACUCCAGUACAUCCGUGUCCGAGAUCCGGGCCGGCCACUUCAGCCACAAUACCCAUCGUGGGCUGCUGAGAUGGAAAUGGUUCAUUCUGCGCGCGGGGGCGUUCGUAACGGCAGGCGUCUGUCAGCAUGACAGAGCACAUAAGGCUGAAGUUGGCGGGUGCGAGGAUGCGGCCCCGUUUCACUCCCUUGGUCACUGCGAACGCCUCUGAGGUGUCUCCAUUGUCCGUGACUCGUGCCAUCAUGACGUCGUGGAACUGACACAACAUCUGCGUGGAUCGUUCGGGCAGUCAAAUUUCUGCACGAUUUUCCACAACCCUUCCCGAUGCACGGUAUCGAAAACUUUCGUCAGAUCCAUGAAUUUAGAGUACAAGUGUAUCCGCAUCUACUGGCACACCUCUUGAAUUUGGUGGGCGGUGAAGAUCAUGUCCGUGGUCCCACGAUGACGGCAAAAGCCGCACAGGCUUUCCGGCAGAAGACCCUCUUUUCAAUGAUUAUUCAUACGGUUGAGAAUAAUGCGAGCAAAAAUUUUGCCGGCGACGUUCAGCAAGGAGAUGCCUCGGUGGUUGUCGCAGAGUUGGCGGUUUCCUGUUCAUUUGUAUAAAUACAGAAGUGUUGCAUACUUGAAAUCCUGCAAGACCUCUCCUUGACGCCACACCACUUGGAAGAGCGCCGUCAACUAUUCACGAGUUGGGGGCCACUGUGCUUGUAGACCUCAGCAGGGAUAGCGUCCGAUCCGAAUGCUUUCCCGCUGGAGAGCUGCGGUACGGUCCGGUGAUUUCGUGUAGAGAGAGGGCGGGCGGCCGAGAUCCAAUUUGGUCACCACUUGCGACAAACAGGCGAUGGCAACAUCGGAGAUGGUGGCGGGGCAAUUGAGGACGCCACGGAAGGGCUCAACCCAUUGCUGUAGGAUCGGUGUCUGCUCAGUCAGGAGGCUACUGCCGUCGGCGCUGAAGAGGGGAGUGCUGUCUUUCUUCGGCGGACCGUAGACAGUUUUGAUCGCGGCAAAGAAAUUCUUCCAUUCGUUACGUCCGCGUAUCCUUGAAUCUCCUCGGCUGUGCGAGCUGUCCAGGCAUCCUGCAUCUCGCGGUGCCGCUGUUGCACAAUGCGGCUACUACAGUAGAAGGCUGGUUUGCUGUCGUCAGUAGGGUCGUCGACGUAAACUUUCUGCAGAAGAUACUUCUCGACCAGUAGAUUGCUGAUGUUAGUGAUCCUGAUGUUGGCGAUGUGCGCGACCGAGGACAGCAGUCGACUAGACUGUGUUCCAAAGUUGACACCAUCGGUUCUUCGCGGCGGCUUCAGCGACUGGAAGGUUGACUAGCCGGUGAGCUGAUUUGUCGCUGAAAUUGAGAAAGUGAGCAGACCAGGACAAUAACGCAGUAUUCAGUUUACUCGGAAGUCGCUUACCCUGAGGUCUCCUGCCUGACAAUAGGCGAAUCUUCAUUUAAGAGGAUGAGGAUCGGUCCAGCCGUCGGCACAUGGAAUCGCCUUUGUUACCAGCACCUCCCGCUGGUCUCGCCUCCGGACGAGGACAUUGUCCAGCAGGUGCCAUUGGCGCAACCGAGGAUGCAUCGAAGUGGCCUUCUUUCCCAUCGGCGGGCGGAAGAAGGCGUUUGUCAGGAUGAGUCUGUGUUCUGCGCAGGUUCGUAGAAUGAGCAGGACCCAGCACUUAUUUCCAGACACCAUAGUCUGUGCUGACGCUGGCAAUGAAGUCACCAAGAACAACCAAUUUAUCCGUCUUCGGCACGGUCGCCAGGAGUGCGUGCAGGUCUACGUGGAAUGUGUCCUUGCCGCGUCGAGGCUGGUCAUCGGCAGAGCGUAGGCGCUGAUUAUGGUGGCGAAUUUGCCCCCCCCCCCCAGAGGCCUGACGGAGACUCGUCAGGAAAUUGUUUAUGCUAUGCGGCGCACAGAUACCUGGGAAGUACGCAGAUUCUUGUAGAAGUUGUCUCUUUCGGCGUCAAGUCCGUUCAUCAAGGAGCGUAGACGUUGAUAAUGGUGGCGAAUUUAACUCCCCGAAGAGGCGGACGGAGGCGCAAAACGUAAUCGUUUAUGUCCCGUGGCAGACAGGACAGUCCUCCUCCCCACGAUGUCAUUCCGAAUGGCAAAGACGACGCCUGCAACUCGUUGUUUUUCCUUGUGUCGACCGCUCCAGAAGUAAAUGUGGCAACGAUCGGAUGAAGGCUCCCAAAUAAACGGCGCCAGUCAAAGGUGCCUGUCUUAUAGGAAAGAUGGUAAUAGGGCUUUUACAUGAGGAGGCCUAUGUAUGCUUAUGCGUCGCAGGCACUGAACUCUAGUUAAUCUUGUUCGGAUAAACGGGUCUGGCCGAUUGCAAAGAUGUCCACCUUAUAGCGAUACACUUUCUGCACAUUCAGUAGAAAAUGACGUCUUCUUCCAAUUUUAUAUUUGAAGGAAGGGUAUAAUUUGGUUUUUUAGAACUUUUCCAAUUCCGGAAUAAUUUUGAACCCCACCUGCCGUUACACUUGCAUUCAUGGUUCCCAAUCCACAAGCCUUAUAUUUUCCGCGUACGGAAAACCAUACUUUCCUCUACGGUAUUAAGAGGAGACUAUAUGGGGUUCAUAAAAUUAAUCUGUAGUUUUGAGUCACAUUGUUAACUUUACAAGCCACGUUGGUAAAUCCAGAGACAUGACGUUUCAUGGAGAACCAUUUCACGGGCAUUGAAAAACAUCACAAUUAAAACCUAUUUAAAAGCGAAAUUAUACCCUUCCUUAGAGUAUAAAAUUAGAAAAAGACAUAAUUUUCUACCGAAUGAGCAGAAGAAUGAAUAUUUUAUGCAUGUUUUCCAUGAAAUAUAAUUGAAUAUUUAUGGGCAUCGAAAAUCACUGAAAAAAAUGCAUGCAACAUAUGUAGUCAUUUUUUACGGAGCAUGGUUUUAGAUGCAGCCGGAAUGAAGUUUGUUCGAAAGCCGGCGUCCUGCGGCAACUGAAUUAUUAUACUGUACGAUGAUUGGUUCCCCAACCAUACUUAAUUAAUCCUUUUGAAACGGAAAAUAAUUUCGGAGUGUCUGUUGACAUUUCAUGAGUUCACCCACAUACUGUAGAGCCCCGCUGUCACAGCUCCAUCUGUGACAAUCUCGCGCAAGUCAGGAUUGCUUUAUGCGUAGUGCCUCUCAGUCGAUAGCUGAUUGGUUACCCGGUCUUUGCGGGGUGAUGGCGCAGACAAAUGGAGGGAUGCCUAUCAUCAUUCUGGACCUAAAGGUUUGUAGCAGUCUGCUCUGCCAGGAUGAGCAAACCAUGACCCUCAAGACCUGAUGUGCGAUGGCGGUUCUGCGGCACGUGUUUCCCUGGCGGUAGAUGCACUCGUGCCGCAGCUGGGUAUACAAGUCGUGAGCAAGGCCGGCCAGAUGCGGUGCUGUUGUUGUUGCUGUUGUUGUUGGUUAAGACCCUGGUCAUACAUUCGUUGCGAACGAGGGGGUAUGCUGGUACACCUAGGUGCGAGCGCGGCCGUGUCAGCCACCUGCUCCCUCCCUCACCGUCGGUUUUCUUGACUAUGUCUUGGCACCGGGUCCAGACGGAGCAGGAGGAGAGAGUGCGGUGGAUGCAGUGCAAGUCUACUGUCAUUGUAAAGGAAAUCAGGAACGGGUCACCCUUGAGCAGACGAUAGACAUCGUCGGUCGGGGUGCUGGUGUGUCCAGCUGUGGGGUCACGUGAUGGCCGCAAUUGUUCGCUCGCUGUCUCGCAGGUGCUGAGUACGCUUAGUGUCCAUUGACAGGAAUCCAACUCUCACGCGUGGCUCCCCGAAGCUAGCAGCCACAUCCUUGCACCCGCCUCAGUCGUCGGGCUAAACCAGGUGAAGUUAUCAGUGUGUUUAUCUAAACACACGGUAAUUCUACCUCCCCACCAGCCAGGUCAAGGGCGUGUGUUUCUGUGAUGCGACAGAUUAUCUGUGUUGUCUCUACGAGUAAGGAGUGGCACACCCAGGUGCAUGUUCGGCCGCGGCAACUGCCUGCCUCCUUCCUCACCUCCUCGCAAUCCGCAGAUGAUGGCUCUCCACCCGAAGCGAAUACGCGGGGAGGGGGAACGCAAUGGUCCAAAUCACGUAAUGCGGCCACAGAAAAUAGACAUGGCAUGCGUCUGGAUAUUUAAAUAAUACCGAUUUUGAAGGAAGACGGUUUGCGCAUGAAUUAGUUCGUGGUUAUAGCGGGCUUGCAUAGCAUCUAUCUCACACGCUACUCCUUCAAUGCUGAAGUUUGUUACACAAGCAGCCAAUCCGACGGUCAUCGGGGAUUCCUUCAUAUUACUUGCGCACUUGAAAACGCAAUUUACUUUUUUGGAGAAAACCCCCUGCGGACUAUUAAAUGCAGUCCUCAUCCUGAUGCCCAUUUCGGAUGUUUGGUGGAGCUAGCGAGCUUGCUUGAUUUCUCAUGUAUAUCUCAGCAGCUAAAUUAGGACUCAAUGACACAUCAUCAAAGGCAACUUGAGUCGGCAGCCAGUGGGAGCUUGCCGGGAACUUCUGUUUGCACUUCGACUCGUUACAUAAACAGAACUUGUCCCAAUUCUUAUUGGCUAGGUUGUUACCGCCGGUAGGCAUCCUUCAGCAUGUUUUGUAUCACACAGAACUCAAUAAAGCCCCUGUAUAAAUCAUCGCGUUGAACACGUGCGUUCCAUUUGUUGAGCUAAGAAGAGGCUAUACCGUGAUGACUGGAUGCCUGCGGUCUCAUCGUACGUGGAUCCUCAUUUUUGCAUUAUUAGGAAUAACGAGGAUACUCUGCGAUGUUUUCUUCACAAGCGAAUGGGUAGCAAACGCUGUUGAAACAGUGAAAAUUCGAGUUUCAUUAGUAAUAUGCAAUCUUCGCUGGAUUAGUAUCAGUGAAAUUACACAGGACGGCACCUACGACCUGAGUUUCCGUUAUUGUUUAGAUUCGCACCUCCCAGUAACCAGAUACGACACACUCCCGCUCGAUCUCAUCAGCAAGACUGGUGGAGGUCGCAAUAUUACCUUUGCAGAUAUGGCACAAAUAGACGAUACUGACUGGAAAAGGCCAAUUAAUCCGGACGUCUUCCUGUUUUAUCCGCAGGGUUUUGCUCUGCGUGAGGUCAUUCGGAAUUACCGGGAGACUGGCUUGGUUCCCGAGGUAAGCGUAGGUUCACUGUCAAAUUAAUGUCUGUUUUAUUGCCUCUAAAGUACCUAGUGCUAAUUGGGUCUGCAUCACAUUUCGUUACCUGGCACACUGUUUGGGUCUUAAGUUCAAGCGGAAUGUGGGCAUUAAAAGUAAGAUAAGCCGAAGAGGGAUACUGAAACCUUUAGAGGGGAAAGUAGCCGAGGCUGAAACGGAGUAGGCAACCUGAUCUAUGAUAAAUUUGUUGCGAGAUUGAAGUAAACCCAGAAUUUCCGCAGAAGGCAGGAAACAUGGGGCAACAAUACCCAUGGCCUUAAAAGCAAACCUAAUCCUCAGUUUAAUUAUAAACCUAACGCUAAGCCUAAUCGUAAACCUAUCACAAACGCUAGACCUUAUCCUAUGCCUAAAAUUAAUCCUGGACCAAAUCCUAAACUUAACCUUUCCCCUAAACUUUAACAUAACCUUAGACUUAAACUAACCCUAACAGCAAGCUUAUCGCCAACCUACAGGGCAAUCCAAACCCCAACUCAUGCUUAAACUCUUAAACGCAGCACAAAACUUAACCUUAAAUUCAAUUCUCAGUCUGACACAAACCCAAACCCUAAAAUUAACCAUAACUUUAAACCGAAACAUCAGAUUGCUUUAUUCCGUUUUAGCUUUGGCUACUUUUUCACCCAUGAUUUCAGCAUCCCUCUUCGCCUUACUUUACUUUCAAUGCCCACAUUGUGCACACACUUGGUACCAGUACAGCGUAACCGAUCAUUGCCUGUCCCCUGACACGCAGAGUAGUCAACAUUGAUGUCCUUCACUCUUCGGUUUGGGUCUGUGACCUUGUUUGAUUUCUAGCACCAUCAGAUGCUCUGCCGUCGUGUUGAUACCCCAAAUUCUCUCUAGAUCCCAGGCUUCAUCAUAUUUGUCUGGUGGGGACCGCCUCUCUCUCUCUCGCUUAGCCUUCGAUGCAGAGCGCAUAUCGAUCGCCUGCACGCGGGCACUUCUCACGCUUCCUUCCACCUUGGUCCAAUCAGCGAGAUGCGCUAUGCACAGCACUCUGUCGCACAAAUAACCCUGACGUCACAGCCAGUCGGAAAAGAUUGUGUUUUGAUUGCCAAGGCCUAACUCCUCCCAUCUUAUGCGCUAUCGCAGUGCAGACUGGUAUUGAUGAAUCUCGUUGUUUUGAAUGCCGGAGUAAAUCACAUUUGCUGUUGACAGCGCAAAACAGUAGAAGUAUUCACUUCCACCAAAUUCAGUGUGCACACCUUAGUCAGCAGCUGACAAGCGCCUAAAGAAAAUCUUAUGUCAAACCCGAAGUGAGGAGAUGGUUAACCGCUGAUUACUGAAUUCGGAAUUCUGGUAAAUACUCGAAUUUAAGAAUCCGUGUCAAAUGUAUGCACAUUUGCCAGGAAAGUAGGCUGUUAGAGCCUCGAAACGUUGGAAAUGCAUUUAACGAGACGAAGUCCCUGGAUAACUGACAGAUAUUUGGUGCAUUCAAGGAUUUUUCUUGUGAUUUUAAUGACACCGGGAUCAGACAUCUUACAAAGAGCAUUCCCAGCCUCCUCAGUACGCUUCAUAUAGUUUAAAAUAACACAUAACCACAGAAUUCUCUCGAAGCAUACCUUGAAUUGUCUGGUCGACAAAAUUGUUCUUAAUGCAUCCAAAACCCUCUGGUACGUUUGCAGCCUCCCAUUAACGAGCCCAGCAUGCGGUUUCUCAAAGUGAGCACUUCGGUUUGUCCACCAGAUGGAAUUGACGGUGCUGACCCCAAACACAACUACGACCUCGUCGUCAUUGUGAAAUCAGCCGUCUACAACUUCGAGGACAGACAAGCCUUUCGCAGAUUCUACGCCCACCUGAGAAAGCAAAGCAGCGUUACACCACACUAUCGCAUAGGAGUAGUGUUCGUGGUGGGCCUGCCCACAAGCGCAAGCAGCAAUUCAUUCCAGCGCGAUGGUUUCAACAUCUCACUGCCCGGUCGCGCCGGCAACUCGCUCGUCAACAUUGGAAACCGCCGCGCCCAGAUUCGAAGUCGCCUAGAGCAGGAGAUGCGUGAACAGGUUGAUCUCAUCGUGGGCGACUUCGAGGACACCUACUACAAUCUGUCUCUGAAAAUGCAUCACACAUUCGUGUGGGCGGCCAGGUUCUGUCGCGCACGUCCUGCCUUCAUGUUCCUCGACGACGACAUUGGUUUUAAUGAGAAGCGCCUGCAGGCUGUACUGGCCACUCUGCCGGUGGAUUGGCGGCGCAGAGUUUCCAUUUCGAGUACUCGCUGGAAUAGUCCCACAGUGCGUCCCACGGACACUCCGGCCGUCCGAAAAUGGGCACUGUCGAAGCGGGAGGUUCCGUGGCCAGUUCAUGCACCCUACAGCAAUGGGUACUUCUACUUGCUUGGUUACGAUCACGUGGCGGAUCUGGCUUUGGCCAUGUUCUACACAAAGCGCAUUCCCAUUGACGAUGCGUGGUUGGGUCUGGUGAUGCAUAGGAUUGGUCUUCAGUUCGAGUUGCCAUCUGGGAUCGUGUACUCCUUGAAACAUCAGGAAAAUGUCACCGGCUAUAUCGCCUUGCCCCUCCAAUCUCUCCUCAGCGCAUACAUGCGAGGACGUCUGUAG